AGCAGGAAGGCAGCUGAAGCAAGAAAAGGAGAAGCUGAGUAGAGAGUGAAGUUAGCCACAAGAAGAAGAAAGUUGGAGACGAAUAAGAAACUUUUUAUUUUAGCUUUUACUGCAAGCUACAUUUGAGAGCUUUCUUAUCCUUCAGUAUUAAGUUUUUGCAGAAGUUGUAAAAGGCAAAAUGAUGAGCAGCAGAGUAAUCUUCACUUCUUUUGUGGUGCUCCUGGCAUUUUUAACCAUCAGUGAAGGAAUGAGUCUGAGAAGCCUGGGAGUGGAGCUGCACUGCCGCUGCAUCCAGACAGAGAGCAGGCUCAUCGCUCGCCACAUCGAGAAGGUGGAGCUGAUUCCUGCCAACUCACACUGCGAGGAGACUGAGAUCAUUGCCACCCUGAAAAAGACGGGUCAAGAAGUCUGUCUGGACCCUGAAGCUCCCUGGGUCAAGAAAGUGAUUCAGAAGAUCAUGUCCAACAGCAGAAGACGCUGAACAGACCAGGAAGGAUGCACUUCAAGAACCUUCAAUAGGUCCUGAACCAAACAGUAUUUAUUCAUCAGAGAGGAUGAUCUAAUCAUCAGAUCUAAUUUUAUACAAAGACUGCUUAAAGUCUUUAUCGACUGUUGACAGACAACAGUUUUAUCCUAAUAAUGUGAUGUUUGUAUCAAACACUUAUUUAUUCAGAAGUCAGUUUGUGUGAAUCCCUUGUGUAUCUGUGUGUUAUUGCUCUCUGGUCUUUAAUAUGGGUUAAACAUAUUUAUUAAUGUAUUUAUGAUACUGGUGUAUUGUUUCAAUUGUUCUCUGAUGACAACUUUAUGUGAAUAAAUUAAGUUCAAAUAGA